UUAGCGACUCGCGAGCACUGACUCGACUGACGUCCGUCGUAUCCGUUUCACUUUGUGAUUGAUUCUCGUUUUGUCGAAAGAUGUCCUAUCGUUACAAGUAUCGUUGGUAGAAUACUCGUUCGAGUCGACGCGCGGCGGUUGCGGCGGUGGCGGCGGCGGUGGCGUCGUCGUCGUCGUCGUCGUCGUCGUCGUCGUCGUCGUUUCGCGAUUCCAACGACCGAUCGCGCAAUCGAAUUAACAAUCAGAAACACGAAAAACGCUAGUGAUAAUAAUCGAGAUUUAACCAUAGACAUCGGCCCGCUUGACGUCACCGCCCGCGCCGCACUAAUCUAGCCGCGCAUCUCACCGUGGACGAGGCAUGGGAACAUGGGCCGGAAUACACGUUUCAAGUCCAGGUGAAUUGUACGGCGAUCCCAGAGGAGAGUGCGUACAGCAGCGUGCGGUUGAACUUGGUGUCGAAGAUGAUCUGCCAGCCUAAGGGCGGCCAUACGUUGAGCUGCCACUUCGAAGACUCCAAGGCGAACAGCUUCGUCGUGGAUAGUCUAGAUCCGACGGAAUCGGGGACGCCAGUCGGCCCGGUAAGUCGGCAGCCGGCUUACGAGAUCAACGAGGAUCAGUUCGAGAUCAAGUUCAACAAACGGGGGCUGGACGGUCUGAUGGUGAACGAGAACAUUCAACCGCGCGAGCUCGACAUGAUUCGCAUGAUCGUGGGCCAGCUGAGCGUAGGUGCCGUCAUCGAUGGCGCUGGGAACGACAUUACCUUUGACGCGAUGGAGAACUUUACCCAGGGCGAGUGUUACACGACCUUCAAGAUCGAUAAGAAGCUCGUGGGACGUUCGUUGUACGCGAAACCCGGCUACGCGCUCAAGCCGGUCUUCGGUCUGAAGGAUGGCAAGCUCGUGCAGAUACGGAAGAUCCGAAAUCUCCAUAUGUGCGCGCACAAGGUGCCAUAUUUCUUCGGCAGCGCCGAGAGCGUCAGGGAAGAGAGCGACAUUAUAUCUGAUAUUAGCCUCUCGGAUAGUCACAUCAUGAUAACAUCGACAGAAUUCAUAUCCGGUACAUCGAAUAUGAUAACGACGAGCAAAAUAACUGAGGCGGUGGUAACGACCCUUUACGAGAACGUACGGGUUAGACUCGAAUCGAUUCAAGCUGCGACGAGCGAACCGCCGGCUGUUAAAGAAGCUGAGCCCGCUAGUAUCUUCAUAGGCAAAUGGUUGAACGACGAUUCGUCCGAGGAAGAUAACUAAAUAGUUUUGUUAUCGGUGCUUACAUGGUGCACGAACAGAUGAACGUUUGGUGUGAAAAGUGAAAUUAAGAAAUUCACUUGUUGCACAAAGUGACUUACCAAUUUGAUUUAUCUUUCUCUCUAUUAGGUAAAUUUUAGAUGGUUAUGAAAUUAUGCAACAUUGCAUUUUCACAUUUUAAACAUAUUGCAAAUGAUAUGUUACGCGUGUGAAUGACUUCUGAGAUGAUUGUAAUUUGUAAAUUAAUUAUAAAUUGUAAAUUAAAUUAAUAUAGUACUAAUGUUGAUAGUAAUUAAUAAGAAGAAAAUCGUCGCAGAAGUGUCGAAGUUUGAUGUGUGAGAAUGAAGCUUUAUUACUUGUAUAAUACUGUAAAAAUGGCAACAAAUAAAAGUAUACAUUAAGUUUA